GUUUUGUUUUCGCAUACGGAAGAGGAAGGAGCUAUGUUUUUUUUAAAAAUCAGAAGUUUAUAAAGUUACGAAAAGGGGACUUGUUGAACUAACUUUACAUUAUUUACAUACGGCAGUGAUACUAUUCAAAUAAAAUACAUCCUAAUUUUACUUUAACAACGUGCGUGUCACUAUAAUUGGAGGAAGGCAGUUUGGGAGAGGUAACUAACUUCGCUACGUUGAAAUCUAGCGUAUGUUUGCUUAGGCAACUAGUUAAACGUUUUUGAAUGGUAUUACUUAACUCUAACCAAGAUGGACAUACAACACCGGCAGCGUCCGAUCAAACCGGACCAGAGUUUUUGGGACAACCGAAGACUGUGGACCGCAAGGAUUUUCUCCAUGCUCUGCUGUGUGCUGGUUGUGUCAGUCGUCGCCGUAUUCUGUGCCUUUGUUUACCUAAUCUUGAAAGGUAGAUCGCCUGUCAUUCAACAGUUCCCGAAUUCUAGUCGCACAGGCGACGAUGUUGACCCCGUUGGACAGUAGCUGGAUACUAUUUAUUUUAGUUAAUUGUUAUAUAAAUAUGUCCUCUGUCACUUCUGUAAACUGUGGUGUGUGUGUUGCAGAGCUGCGGACUGAGAGAGUGAUUGGAGAGGAUGGCUCAGAGGUUAGACUCUUAGGUAAGUACACGUGUGUUCACAAAUUCAUACAGACUAAGCCUCCAGAAUAGAAAAUUAUCACAAAAACAUGUCCCUCUCUCGCCCCCCACCUACCCCACCUACACCCACCCCCACCUACCCCUCUCUACCUACCCCUCUCUACCUACCCCCACCUACCCCUCUCUACCCACCCCCACCUACCCCUCUCCACCCCCCCCACCUACCCCUCUCUACCUACCCCUCUCUACCCACCCCCACCUACCCCUCUCUACCUACCCCUCUCUACCCACCCCCACCUACCCCUCUCCCCCCCCCCACCUACCCCUCUACCUACCCCUCUCUACCCACCCCCACCUACCCCUCUCUACCUACCCCUCUCUACCCACCCCCACCUACCCCUCUCUACCCACCCCCACCUACCCCUCUCUACCCACCCCACCUACCCCUCCCUACCCACCCCCACCCACCCCUCUCUACACCACCACCUAUCCCACCAAUUAACACACCCUAUAACGCUUCUGACAUCAAAUCUCACACACCCAAAAACCUCUCUGCAGCUGCCACCACAACCUCUAUUUUCUGCGACGUAUGUUCCAUCCCUGCAGUACAGUUGAUAACCAUUGCUCUAAAUACCAAAAAUUCUAUCUUACUGAAACAUAUCCACUUGUUGGUUUAUCCCUCUGUACUGGUACAGAUCUACUACUCCUCUCAGGAUCCCUCCCCCUUGACCCAUCUUCCUCUACUUUCUUCACUGCCUCAGCAUAUGACAACUUCUGCACUACUCUUACCCUGGAAACCUCAACCUGCCUCUCGCACGGGACAUUUCUGAUCCCCAGCCACAUGGGCACCCCUACAAUUAACACAUACCGCUACUUUCCCCAAUGCUACACAUUCCUUUGUCUCAUGCCCUUCUGCACACUUCUCACACUUAGGAACCUCCCUCCUACACACUGCUGCCACAUGCCCAUAAGCUUGACACCUGUAACAACGUAAUGUAUUCGGCACAAAAGCUCGUACAGGAUAACUUAUAUAUCCUAACAUCACUUUGUCGGGCAAAGACUCAACUUCAAAACUCAAAAGGACAGACAAUGACUCUUCUGUUUCUCCACUCACGCCACCCUGUCUGCAUCGCACCAAACGACGAGCAUCACAAAUACCGGGAAUCUUCCCUUUCAGUUGGUCAGCUUUAACAUUUACCGCUACCCCAGUAAUCACUCCUUUCAAUGAGGCCUUUUCUUGAGAGCAAAAUAAUUCACAUCUCUUGCCCCCAUUCGUUUAACAUGGAGCGCCUGCUCCCUCUGACCAGCAGAAACACAAACAAUUAUCACAAGACCACUUCUGGUUAUCCUCACCGAUUCCACAGCACCCAACUCUGUUUUCACCCACCCUGAAACCACAAAUGGAUCAGCCAAAAGGCAAGGGUCCACUUUUUCCAAAAACUUCACUCCUACUGUCAGACUCAUCUUUAUCCUGACCCUGUGCCCAAGCCUCUGGCUUCGAGAACUUCACCACACCUACCACCUCCGAUACUUCACCCUCUUCCAUUUCUCCUCCUGUCUUCAACUCACUCUGCUUACACUUUCUACCAUUCUUCUUUAACAAACCAUCUCCCUUUUUCCCGCCAUUUUUAACCGACUCAAACUCACCCUUUUCCUCCCUCUCUCUCUUAGACCUCCUCUGCCUCUCUUUUUCCCUCCAUUCCUCCUCCGUAUUCCAAGUAUACAUCUCCUUAUGAUAAUACUGCACUUUUCCUGACAUACAUCUUGUUCUUGCCUUGUCAAGGGACGCCAUUUAACCGGCUGUCACAAUCUCCGUACAAUCAGCACGAACCCCACGGGAUAUAGCGCUCAACAGUGCAUCCCACUUGUAAAUCAGCUGCUUCGUCUUGAUGUUCUUCUUUAUCAAUAUCUACCGCGAUGCUUUUCCAUCUCUUUCUCAUGUAUUCCUUGAUUCAGUAGUGGGCAUGUUAUUGCCAUGUUCAAAACAACCUGCCUGCUCUCUCACUCUCUCUCUACACUCUUUUCUGUCUCUCCCCCCUCCCUAUCUCUCUCUGUCUCUCUCUCCCCUCCCUCUCUCCCUCUCCCCCUACCCUCCGGCCCGCCUCUCUCUCCCUCCCCUCUGCCCCUCUCUCUCUCCCUCCCCUCCGCCCCCCCCCUCUCUCUCGCCCCCCUCUCUCUCUCUCACUCCCCUCCGUCCCCCCCCCUCUCUCUCUCUCUCUCCCUCCCCUCCACCACCCCCUCCCUCCCCUCCGCCCCCCCUCUCUCUCCCUCCGCCCCCCUCUCUCUCCCCUCCCACUCUCUGUAGGGUUCUGGAGUGUUCUGGUGAUGUCGGUGCUAGCAGGGGUCUGCUGCUGUAGCUUCACAUGGACCAUCACCUACUUCGACUCUUUUGAGCCUGGCACGUUCCCCCCAACGCCCCUGUCCCCUGCCCACCUCAGGUAACACACACACACACACACACACACACACUGGUACACUAACUUCAGUGGAGGUUGCUGAGGGGAGGACGGCUCACAAUAAUGGCUGGAAUGGAGUCAAUGGAAUGGUAUCAAACACGUGGUUUCCAUGGUUUCCAUGUGGUUGAUACCAUUCCAUUGACUCCAUUCCAGCCAUUAUUAUGAGCCGUCCUCCCAUCAGCAGCCUCCACUGACUAACCUGCAUUCCCUAAUUAUUCCGCUGGCCUUAGCCGAAUUCUCUUGUCCUUUUCCUGAUUCCUCUUGUUCCAUCUCUCCCUGUUUACAUUUACAUUUACAUUUUAGUCAUUUAGCAGACGCUCUUAUCCAGAGCGACUGUUGUCUCCCAAAGCCAGAUAGCAGGACACACACAAACACGUGUGUAAAGUGAAUGUUGACAUAUCGAGAGCUUGGGACUAUAAGGUUCUAUCUGCGUUUUUGUCAACAUUUAGUUAUUGACCUAGCCUUGUUCUGUUCAAUGUGCUCUACCUAUACAGUAGUCUAAAGACCUCAAUUCAUGUUAAGUUCAAAAGAAUACAAUAUAAAAACUGCUGACACCAUUCAAACCAAUGAGGGUUCAGAACUUUAAAGCCAAUUAUCUCCAUAUCAUCAUCAUUUUGCAGAACCUUAUAGUCCCAAGCUCUAGAUAUGUGUUGCAACCCUUGAUGUCUAAUUGUGUGUGUGUGUCUCAGGCAGGUGACAGGUCACUCCUUCCACAUGGGCUACAGUGUGGCGGUCCUGAAUGGCAUCGUAGCGGCGAUCACCGUCAUUUGGAGCCUCACCUGAUCCUAUCCACAACCCCCUGUUCUACCUGACCUUACCCACAACCCCCUGCUCUGACCCAUGCCCCCCUGACCUUACCCACAACCCCUUGCUCUGACCCACACUCCCUUCUCCCCCAGCUGCUCUCAACCUCUUCUACAGGUGAAUCACUGCUAUGCUUUUAUCACAGAGCAUUUUCCCCAUGUGUAUGUGUACACCUCAAGAGGAGCAGUAGAACGUGUGAUGCUACGAGAAAAUGUGUCAAGUACUAAAGUCAGCAUCUCACUCACUAGCUCCUUGGAGCUUAGCUCCUCAUCAUUUGGUUCUCCACGCUGUCCUUUUCUUGGCCAAGUCCCAGGCUGAUGCAGUGUUGAGUCCCAGGUUUCUACAAAGUCAGGAUACCUUUUUUAAUGUACUGUAUAUUGUUAUAUAUAUAUAUAGCCUAAAGAGGUAUUUGUGCCAAACGAGUGGUAUAAAGAGAACAUCUAAAAUAUAACAUAAUGCUCACACAUGAUCAAUCUAGGGUUUAUUGUAAGUCUAAUAUAUAGCCUGCAGAGGUAUGUUCCAUGCAGUGUAUUUGUGCAUUUAACUGUUAUUCUCACUGAAACACUGAAUUCCUCUAGUGCUUUCACUGUCUCUCUGUCUGCCACUGAUGUCUGUACUUCUGAACAGUAAAGAUGCUCUCACCUACCCUCUGUAUAUUUUCUCGUAUCUGAAACCAUAUCAGACACACACACACACACACACAGGCCCUCAGCAGGAUGUCCGUUCCUUCCUUGAUCUCGCCUUUCCCCUCCUCACAACACACCAACAACUCCUGGAUACACACAUAGGGUAGGAAAUGAACGAAGACGCUGUGAUUCAAUUCAAUAAACUUUAUUCAUCCCAGAGGGGCUGUUGUUGCUGGCAGGAUGAACAUAAACUAAUAAUAAACCCAAGCAACAAUACAGUGUAAUGGGUAUAGGACCCUCCAGAAAUAGUCCAUAGUGCAAAUUCAACAGUCCGUACAUCCCAGAAGAUAGAUUAAAUCUAGAUUGGUGGUGUAGGCACUCUGGGCUCAGUCAGUCCCUGUCCAAAGACACUCCACUCUCUCUCCCACUCUGUUGGGUCAACGGCUGUUCUAGCACACCUCUGCAUCGGUCAGUCCCUAUCCAGAUACUCCAUGCUCUUCCACAGCUUCUCUGUCUCCUACUCUCUCCACAACGUCUCUCUGUCUCCCUCUCUCCUCCACAACUUCUGUCUCCUACUCUCUCCACAGCUUCUCUGUCUCCCACUCUACUCCACAACUUCUGUCUCCUACUCUCUCCUCCACAACUUCUGUCUCCUACUCUCUCCUCCACAACUUUUUGUCUCCUACUCUCUCCUCCACAACUUCUGUCUCCUACUCUCUCCUCCACAACUUCUGUCUCCUACUCUCUCCUCCACAACUUCUGUCUCCUACUCUCUCCUCCACAACUUCUGUCUCCUAAUCUCUCCUCUACAACUUCUGUCUCCUACUCUCUCCUCCACAACUUAUCUCUCCUCCACAACUUCUGUCUCCUACUCUCUCCUCCACAACUUCUGUCUCCCACUCUCCUCCACAGCUUCUCUCUCUCCUCCACAGCUUCUCUCGCUCCUACUCUCCUCCACAGCUUCUCGCUCCUACUCUCCUCCACAGCUUCUCUCUCCUCCACAGCUUCGCUCUCUCCUACUCUCCUCUACAGCUUCUCUCUCUCCUACUCUCCUCCACAGCUUCUCUCUCUCCUACUCUCUCCUCCACAGCGUAUCUCUCCUCCACAGCUUCUCUCUCCUCCACAGCUUCUCGCUCCUCCACAGCUUCUCUCUCCUCUACAGCUUCGCUCUCCUACUCUCUCCUCCACAGCUUAUCUCGCUCCUACUCUCCUCCACAGCUUCUCACUCUCCUACUCUCUCCUCCACAGCUUCUCUCUCUCCCCUACAGCUUCUCUCUCUCCUCCAUAGCAUCUCUCUCCUCCACAGCUUCUCUCUCGCCUACUCUCUCCUCCACAGCUUCUCUCUCCUCCACUCUGUUGGGUCCAGCACUACUGUAGCACACCUCUACCUUGGCAUCUUUGGAGGUCAGCAAGGUGACCAUGCUCUCGGUCCUCGUUAUGAGGUCAAAGCCCAUGCAAAACUCACUGAACAGCACAGCGAGCCCCAGCACACACAUCGCAAUCUGCACCGUGAACAGACUCCUCUCAUCGGCUGUCCAUUUUCACCCCUGGGGAGAGGACAUCACAGCAGGCACCUACGAUACCGUUCCCCACACGUCCUGGGCUACAGGAGAAGAUUUGACCGGUCGUGGCAUUAGCUCUCCACACCCUUAAAUUAAUCUUAGGGAAGUUAAAGACUGGAGUCUGAAUUAAACUGAUGUCUGAGAGGUUUAUAACAGAACUGGCCAUCUCUGCUGACGUCACUCAGUAUUGGCUACAACGCUUCCACUCUACAAAGUCCCAAAGCAGACAAGACUGUUAUAAUGUGUGGAAUAAAGGAUAAACAGUGGUGUUGGAGUUGUCCUCAUGAGGGCAAGGUGAGAGACGCGCACAAUAACACAAGGACAGAGUGCUACAGGAUAAGAUUUUAUUCAUAAUCAAGUUUCAUUUUCUUCAACAAAGUCUCUUCCCUUGAACUCAGUGUGGACAUUACAUCUUUACAGCAAUCAGCAAAAAACAACUUAAAUAAAGGAGAGCGUCAUCACUGUGUGUGUGCGUUUGGCUGUCUGAGUGUGUGCGUAUGAGUUCAGCAGAUGGAUGGUUCGUCGACGGCGUCAGCUCCCUCUGUGACGGCUUUAACACACUUGGCCAUAGUCUGAGACGCUCUACUAAUGGGAUCUAUGAGAGAGAGAAUGUUACACACACACUCAUUUCCUCACACAAGUGACAAAAGGAUCCCACCAAUUAUCCAUGUGCAUUCCGCCCUCUCAUCAGUCUGACAAACAAACAUUCACAGAGCUAUGUCUAUGGUACAUACCUGUCAUAUAGAAGUCUUUAGCUGUCAGCUGAGGAGAAACGAGAGGAUUUGCUAGAAGAGUCUGAUUCACAGCCUGAGAGAGAGAGAGAGAGAGAGAAAUAAAGGACGGUUGAGUAUGCUCUCAAUAUCAGUGUCAAAAACAACAGUCUCCAAUGAUGAUUUCAUAACAGUUGAUUGUAAAGAAAAGUCAGUUAAGGGGUGGAAUGUUAAAGGCUAUGUUCUGACCUGUGAGAGUUUGAGGUUAGGGGUGAAAGGUUACCUGUGAGAGUUGGUUGGCCUGUUUAAAGUAGUUGGCCUCCUCAACGUCGUCGUAGCGGACCAGGUUAGGAGAAACCUCGGCCAGCCGGCCCCUCACCUCAUCCACAGAGUCAUAGGGUAGAGUCAGCCCCGCCAGCUGCAACACACUCAUUAGUUACAUAUAACACACACACACUUUAUAUACACACUACGUCUUCAAGAAAUGCAUACGGUAUGGGUGUGUGUGUGUGUGUGUACCUCAGAGAUGGCUCUGAUGAUCUUCCAGUCCUCCCUGGCCAUGCCGGGCGCGGUGACGGCCACGCGUGUCUGUUGACUCCUCCCCUCUGUGUUGACGUAUGUUCCGUUCUUCUCCGUGUACGCCGCGCCGGGCAGGAUAACGUCAGCCAUGGUAGCACCCACGUCUCCAUGGUGACCUGGCAGCGAUACACACACAGCCCUCAGACAUGUACCAUACAUAUGCUGUAUAUAGAAUGGCAGGUGCGUGUGUUGCAUGGGAAGAGUGCACUGGGUGUGUUCUACCCUGAUAAAUGAACAUGUUGUCCUGUGUGUGUGUGUGUGUGUGUGUACCCUGGUAGAUGAUCAUGCUGUCUUUGGGCAGGUCCUGUCUGGUGAUGCAUUCUCCGUCAGCUCCUAGCAGGAACAGAACUUUGGGCGGGGCUUUACGGAUAGACUCCACCCCCGCCUUGUAGCCCAGAUCCAGGGCUGCCACCUGACUGGCUACCCUGCAGAUAGACAAACAGAUGAUUGGACGCUAGUAGACACACACACAGAUGAUUGGAUGCUAGUAGGGAUAGACAAAAUUGUUAGCUGUAUGCUAAACGCUUAUAUUAGCUAUAUGCUAAAUGCUGGUAAUAGCUGGAUGCUAAAUGCUAGUAAUAGCUGGAUGCUCAAUGCUACUAGAAGUUAGCCCAGAGAUAGGUUUAGCAUGUUAACCUGUGUAGGACGUUGAGGACCUUCCAGCCCUCAUCCGCUCCGCUGCUGGCCCGAGCGUUCUGGGCGAUGAUUUGCACAGAGCUCAAGAUGGCUCCUCCGUCCUCCCUCUGAAGAGAGGCACUACCCACCACCACUACCGGUCGCUUGGCCUGCGCCAGCACCUGGAGGAGGAGAGAGAGAAAGAGAGAAGGACAGGGAAAGGUUAGGGCAUUGCAUAACCACAAACAGAACUGGACCACGUCCAGUAGUACACAACAUUAUGGAACGCAGAUGGAAAUACAUGGUCUAGAUUCUAGAACAGACAUGCUUCUCUGUCAUGCAGAAUGACCAAUCAUGUCAGUUCUAUUCACGACAUUCCGAUCUGUAACAAUGUUGGUUGCAGCAUUUCUCUGUAACAAUGUUGGUUGCAACAUUUCUAUCGACAACAAUGCAACCCCAACUCGCGCCGACUGUCCCCCCCCCAAUCCCUUCCCAGUCUGUGGUGGCCGUGGUUACCUGGCAGAAGGGGUGUGUUCCGUUAGCGAUGUCCUGCAGCACCUGAGUAGACUCUCCCAGGUGGUCGUAAGUGUAACUCAGAUCCGCACUGCUCCCCACCACAGACACCUUCAACUCAUUAUGCAACCAGCUGAGAAAGGAAGGGGAGAUGGUGAGAGAGGCUUCCUACUGCAAGUUGGUGUGUGUGUGUGUGUGUGUGUGUGUGUGCGUGCGCUGCUGCAGACAUCAAUUAAUGUGUGUGUGUGUUUAUGGAGGUUGCACUUUUGGAUACAUCUGUUGAAAGCAGGACCUCACUUCAAGGAUUGGUGUGUGUGUGUGUGUGUAUGCAGCCAAUGUUUAGAUGUGUGUGUGUGUGUGUGUGUGUGUGUGUGUGUGUGUGUACCUCUUGCGGACGCGUGCAUUGAAGAGCGGGGCUUCGUAGCGAGGGUUGGUUCCUAUAAGUAGCAGCAGGUCAGCUUCCUCAAUGCCACUGAUCCGAGAGUUCAGCAGGUAGUUGGAACGCAGGUCAGAGCUAAACAAACCACAAUACAACCUAUUACUAACCAUGAGACAACUUUUUACUAACAUGCCAUUACUAACCAUAAUACAACCUAUUACAACCUAUUAUUAACGUACCAUAACCAACCAUAAUCUAACCAUGAUGCAAUAUACAAUUCCUUCACCCUUCUCUACCUCACUACUCCCGACUCACCCCUACUCCCACACCCUUAACUCACCCCUCCCUGAUUUAGCCAGCCCCAGUGUCGGGGAAGACCUCCUCCCCCUCCCUGCCACCCUGACUCACCCAGCCCCAGUGUCAGGGAAGACCUCCUCCCGCACCCUGACACCCUGACUCACCCAGCCCCA